AUGUGUGAAAUGGAGAAUGGCGAUCGUUCUACUAGACCUACACAUAAUUUUACUAUCGUUACUGGUGACACUGUUCCUAAUCAAAAGUUAGGUCCAACACGAGAUCAUACGAGUAAUUCAUCAACAGGUGGUUUCAUCUACUGGGAUCGACAGUUAUCUUUUACUCCAACAGAUUUAGGCUAUAUUCAUCCUCCAAAACCAAUGGUAGUAGAUUUGAGUAUGUGUAUUCAAUUUGCUUAUUAUAUUAAAUCAUCAAUAGACAAUAAAAAUGGUACAACGUUAAGUUUAACAGUAGGUGGUUGUCACGGUUCAACUUUGUGGCAUAUAUCGUCGGAUGAUAGUCAAGGAUGA